AUGGUCACUGAUUUAACAUCAGAUGCCUUCAUAGCGUGUUUAAAGAGAUUUGUGGCUCAAAGAGGUUUAUGUUCGAAAUUAUUUUCAGAUAACGGCACAAACUUCAUAGGAGCAAAUAAGGAACUUUCUAAGUUAUACAAUUUAGUUGUAAAACCCGACGAUAGUCAUGCUAGUUAUUUGUCAACAGAGGGAAUUGAUUGGAACUUCAUUCCACCUAGAGCACCUAACUUUGGUUGCCUCUGGGAAAGUGGAGUUAAAGCAUUUAAAUAUCAUUUCAAACGCAUUUUAGGUAAUUCCAAAUUGAGCUAUGAAGAAUUCCUAACAGUUAUUACGCAAAUAGAAGGAAUUCUAAAUUCUAGACCACUUGCACCUCUGUCGUCCGAUACCGAUGUGUAUGACGUGCUAACCCCUGCUCAUUUCUUAAUUGGCAGAUCCUUAAAUACUGUUGUAGAGCCAAAUUUAAUCGAAGUUAAAGACAAUCGAUUAUCCAAUUGGAAAAAACUGACAAAAUUAAUUCAAAUGUUUUGGAGAAAAUGGCAUAUACAGUAUCUUAAUAAUUUGCAACAGAGGUCCAAGUGGAAGAUGAAGCAACUGUUGACGCCAAUAAGUCAGCAGAACGCUCUGCCUACUAAAUUUGUAGCGCCACCAAGUGGUGAAAUCAUAUAA